UCAGCAGAAGAAGCCGUGCAAGCAAGACUCAACGCUGUGCCGCAGUUACCACCGGGUUUGCGGAGGCUUUAACGUUAACCGGGAGCCGCUCGACAAUAAGCACCUCGUACCUAUGUUUACCGUACAUGUUUACCGGUUUAGCUACGUUUUAACUGUGUAAACCGGACCGCAUGGAGUCGGCGUUCAAACGGUCGGUGAGGUGUUCAGCGGACAAGAGAUCAUCCAGCUAAUGUUAGCAAAAGCCGCAGCGGAUUGUAACAGUGUGGACGUGAGAGUGGAGAGAAGCUCGGUGCUCACUGACGGACACGGACGUUAACCUAAACAAUGGGCCUCAUAUUCGCCAAACUGUGGAGCUUCUUCUGCAACCAAGAGCACAAGGUGAUAAUCGUCGGACUAGAUAACGCCGGGAAAACCACCAUCCUCUACCAGUUUCUGAUGAACGAGGUCGUCCACACGUCGCCCACCAUCGGAAGCAACGUGGAAGAAAUAGUGGUGAAGAACACUCACUUCCUGAUGUGGGAUAUAGGAGGGCAGGAGUCUCUCCGGUCUUCCUGGAACACCUACUACUCCAAUACAGAGUUCAUCAUUCUGGUGGUGGACAGCACAGACAGAGAGAGGCUGGUCAUCUCUAAAGAGGAGCUCUACAGGAUGCUGGCUCAUGAGGACCUGAGGAAAGCAGCUGUGCUGAUAUUUGCCAACAAGCAGGAUAUGAAGGACUGUAUGUCCGCGGCGGAGAUCUCCAAAUACCUCACCCUGAGCUCCAUCAAAGACCACCCCUGGCACAUCCAGUCCUGCUGCGCUCUAACAGGAGAGGGUUUAUGCCAAGGUCUUGAGUGGAUGACCUCGAGGGCCGGACUCAGAUAGCCCCCCCCCCCCCUCGAUGGCCUGACUACCUGCACCGCCCACAUGGUGGCAACAACAGCUUGUCCUUAUCGACUUCUUCGUACUUUUUAUUAUUUGUUUUAAAUGACAAACUUGGACUUUGAGGAGCAUUGCUCCACAGCUGAGUUGUCACAGUGGAGCUGGUGUUUCUCCCGAAUGGACCACAGCUGAUGGACUGACCUGUUUAACUGGAACCAGAGCUUUUACAGUAAAGGAGGAGAAGAUCACCUCAGUGAGUUAAGAGUGUGUCCAAGUGCAAAGCAGGGCUGCACUGGACGUGAUUUACACUACACGCAUAUCAUGUCGCACCAUAUCAUAUAGCAAGAGAAUGCCAUAAACAUCACGUUGGUGCAGCUCUAUUAUUUUUGUACUUAUUGCCUCUAUAGAAGUUUGUUCAUGUUCAGGUAAAACAUUGACAAGCAAAGGGAUUACAAGCAGUAUUUUCAAACCAGCUUUGAUGGGAAUGGUGGCACAAGGGGAGUUUUUCAGAAUAAUGUUCUCAUCCUUUUUUUUUUUUUCGUUCUCAUUUCUAGCACAGACAUUAAUGUGUGUUCCACAUGAUUUCAGGUUCAUAAGCUACAUUGUUGGUGGUUAUUGUCACACUAGAACUUAUUGGUGCCGUAUUAAAAUGUGGUCAAAUAUACAUCUCUUCUUUAUUAACUUUGAGUCUGUACUUAUAUGUAAUUGAGCCAAAUGGUGUGAAAGGUUGUCAUGCAAACUUUUUUUUUUUUUUCUUAAAACUGACCCUUUAGCCAUUAAGUGUAAAAUGUUGGGAACAUCACUACUUCAAGUACAACACUCUGCUUUGAUAACAGUAUGUUAAAUUUAAACACUUCAAUUCUGCAUUCUGAUUUUUAUUUUAUUAUUUUCAUUUGUACUUUAUUUUAUUUUUCUAUCUUGUAUUAACAUGUGAUCAUUGGUGCUCUGCAGGCGUCUGUAACGGAUCCACUGCAUCCUCAUAUACAUAUAUAUAAACAUUUCAUUCAUCUCCAGCAACCAUUGUGACCCGUAUUCCUCUCUGAACAUUUUGUACACCACCAAACGUUUAUGGGGAAGGUGUUAUUUGUAAAAACAUCCUGGACUUCAGUGGUUUAUUAGCAUUACGAUAGUUCAAUAUUUUGGCCAGCAUGUAGUUUAAAUGCGUGAUCCUCAGCCUUAACCAAGCUGUCGUGAAUGAAUCUGACAGUCUGGCCAUGAUUUCUUUUUACCCUUGUUUCCUUCCCUUUGACCCGGUGUAAGAAUUCCUUGAACUCGGUGACAGAUCGAUGCACUCGUCACUUUGAAACCAUGUCUACCUUUUGCAACUUCCUUUAGUGGCCAAAAAGGAUGAGUUACAUGAGUUUCAUCGAGUCUGAAUCAAAACGGUGAAGAAGAACUUGGUGUCCAGCUUGGUCUUGGAGGGCCUUUGGGUCUCUAUACUUUGUGGGACAAGGUUUCUUUACAUGGAGAGGAAUAAGGGUGGGCUGGUCAGCCCCCAGACUCUUUGCAGCAUUGAGCUUGAUCUCAAGCAAAGAACUGAUUUCCAGUCUGUGUGGUGGUGUUCAGUCUGGGUCAUGUACUGUAUUUCAGUUUUUGUUUUCAAUAAAAACUUUCUUUUGAACUUUGAGCCUGAAAUGAUUUUCUUUUUUCAGCAUCUUUGAAAUAUACUUCUAGUUCAGGGUAAAAGGAAUACUCGACAUUUACUUACAAGGUUUGGCCAAAUGUCACCUUUCCUGCGUCCUUUUUCCUCUUUUUCAACAUGCUAUACCAAGACUUGUUUUCGACAUGCUAUACCAAGACUUUUUAUGAACAGAUUAUAUUAAGACUUUUUUAUGACGCUUAAGCGGAAGUUCAGUCAGGAAGACUGUCUUUACACUCCUUGUCAUUCAUAAUCUCUCGGUCUCUCUCUCCCUGUGAUUACUCUGUUUGUGGGCGUUCACUUUAAAUUAACCAACCAGGUAAAAAGAAAGUCCUGUCUAUAUGUAUGUUAAGUACGUUAUAAAAUGUAAAAAAAAAAGUUUAAAAAAGUCAAAAUAACAUGUCAAAAAAGCCCAUAAAAAAGUCAUAAAUGUCAAUAGUCAUGGUACGAUAUUUCAUGAAGUCAAAACAAGUGUCUCAAAAUGUCAUAAAAAAAGUCAGAGUAUAGCAGGCUGCAAAAAAAGUCAUAAAAAUGUCGUGAAACAAAUCAUAGCUGGAAAUGCUGAAAAGUCAUAAAAACAUUUUAACCUAGCAUAGUCAUAAUACAGUAUGCAAUAAAAAAAUAA